UGGCAGCGGCACCGGGCGCGCUGGGGGCCCGGGCAGCCCCGCUCCGCCGGCCGCGGGGGCUGGGGGCUGCUCUGCCCGGCGGCGGGGGGCGGCCGGGCCCCCCCGCGGCCCCGCUCCGCCCGCGGCAGCGCAUGCUCCCUGCCGGGCCGCAACCUGCCCAUUUAAACGGCGGCGGAGGCGCGGGCGCCGCACCGGGGCCGGGCGGAGGGCUGAGCCCCGGCCGCGCCGAGAGACAUCUGCUGCGACCGAGUUCGCGUUAAAGAUUCUCGGAUGGGAAAGGAGUUUGGGAAGCGUGAUGUGACCGCCGGCUCCCAGGAAUCCUGAAGACUUGUGGGGACAGAUGCAAUUACUUGUAAGAUCGAACGUCGGAAAGAUUAGAGGAGAUUGGGAGGAGAGACUCGGUCUUUGCUCGUUCACGUCCGUCAGCGCCCUGCACGUAGUCCACUCUCUUCAGGUGUCUUGGAGUUCAUUCCUUCUGAAAGUGAAAGACCACAGCACGUGAGCAGGAGGGGAAGCCUGGGGUGGGAUUCCUGCCAGCCCACGGCCAGACCCAACAGUGCUGGGGCCACAUCUUGCAAUAAGAGGAAGAGGAAAAGACGGUUCAUUCACCGUUGCUAAAAAUGGGAGACAGCAUCUGUCCAGCAGACCAGGAAGGGAAGCUCCAGACCUUGCCUGGGGGGCAUCCCCGGGAGUGCCACAGCCGGAGCGCCACAGCCCUGUGGCAGUGAGGGGUGUCGGGGCAGCGUGGCUCAGAGGACCUGGCUCACCAUGCUCUUCCACAACCGCAAGACCCAGCUCCUGCUGGUCAACUCGCUGACGUUCGGCCUGGAGGUCUGCCUGGCAGCAGGGAUAACCUACGUGCCUCCGCUGCUGCUGGAAGUGGGUGUGGAGGAGAAGUUCAUGACCAUGGUUUUGGGGAUAGGACCUGUCCUUGGCUUGGUUUUUGUCCCACUGAUUGGAUCUGCCAGCGACCACUGGCACAGCAGCUAUGGCCGAAGGCGGCCUUUCAUCUGGAUGCUUUGCCUGGGAGUCCUGCUGAGCCUCUUCGUCAUCCCACAUGCCAGCAGCCUGGCCAGCCUGUUUGCCCUCAACACUCGCCCGCUGGAGAUUGCCUUCCUCAUCCUGGGCAUUGGGCUACUGGAUUUCUGCGGCCAGGUCUGCUUCACACCGCUGGAGGCCCUGCUCUCAGACCUCUUCCAGGAGCCAGACAACUGCCGCCAGGCCUUCUCCAUGUACGCCUUCAUGAUCAGCUUGGGGGGCUGCAUCGGCUACCUGCUCCCAGCCAUUGACUGGGGCGGCAGCUUCCUGGCCCCGUUCUUGGGAGGGCAGGAGACCUGCCUCUUCAGCCUCCUUGCCAUCAUCUUCCUCGGCUGUGUGCUGGCCACACUCUUUGUGUCGGAGGAGGCGGCCACCCCGGCAGAUGUUCUGGAUGGCCCAGCGCUGAAGGACGCUCCCCCUAAGCCCUCGCCUCCUGCCUGCUGCUCUUGCCAGCUCUCCAGGAGCUCGUGUCUCCUGCAGGCCAGGCAUACGAUGCAGGCCCUGAGAAACCUCUGCACGCUGGUGCCGCGGCUUCACAGCCUCUACUGCCGCAUCCCCAAGGUCAUCCGGCGCCUGUUCGUGGCCGAGCUCUGCAGCUGGAUGGCACUCAUGACUUUCAUGCUGUUCUACACAGACUUCGUUGGGGAAGGGCUGUACCACGGCAUCCCCAGAGCCAAGCCGGGCACGGAUGCCAGGCGCCACUAUGAUGAAGGUGUCCGGAUGGGUAGUUUGGGCCUCUUCCUGCAAUGCAUCACAUCCAUCUUCUUUUCGACAAUCAUGGACCGGAUGGUGAAGCAGUUUGGGACGCGGGCGGUCUACCUGGCGAGCGUGGUGUUCUUCCCCGUGGCUGCCUUCGUCAUGUGCCUUUCCCACAGUGUCAUCGUUGUUACCAUCUCAGCUGCUCUGACGGGCUUCACCUUCUCUGCACUCCAGAUCCUGCCAUACACACUGGCAUCACUGUAUCAUCAUGAAAAACAGGUAUUUUUGCAUAAAUACAAGAGCAAAGAGGAGGGAGAUGCAGCUCGACUGGACAAGAAAUCAGCCUUCUCCAAAGGUCUCCUUUCCAGCCAGAAGCUGCCUUACCAGAAUGGACACGCUGGGAGCCUCUUCUCUUCUUCCUCCUCUUCCUCCUGCCCUCCAGCUGCCAGCUCGGCUCUGUGCGUCAGCUCCUCCUGCGACGUCUCGCUUAUGAUGAUGGUGGGAGAACCGGACUCGGUGGCUCCUGGCCGAGGGAUCUGCUUGGACCUGGCUAUUUUGGACAGUGCUUUCCUCCUCUCUCAGGUUGUCCCCUCCCUCUUCAUGGGGUCCAUUGUCCAGUUUACACAGUCAGUGACUGCCUACAUGGUGUCAGCUGCCGGCUUUGGCCUGAUCGCCAUUUACUUUGCAACCAAAGUUGUCUUUGAUAAGAGUGACAUGGCGAAGUAUUCGGUGUGAUGUGGAAAGCGCCGGGGCGGCGCGCGGGUGCCUGCACGUGGCCAUACGAGGUGUAUGUGUGGUGUUCACGUGGCCACCACGGGAAGCCUCGUGUGGCACCUGCUCUCCCCAUGCCACAGCCCCGGGGGCGGGGUAGUUCUGGGGCUGGGGGCAGGAGAGAUGCAGCAGGGCUAAUCUCAGGUGUAAAUAUGAGGCAUCGGGGCAUUGUGCUUCGGGCCAUCAGUGCUUUCCAAAGGUGCCUUGAUCAGAAGAAAGCACUGCACAGCCAGCACCAAAGGGGUUAUACAGGGGAGAGACAGGAAAGGACUUUUCCUUUAAUAACGGGUCGUGUUUGUGAACAGGAGAGGCGGUGGUAUGGGAAGGGGGGGAGGGAAUCAUUGGCUCUCCUGUUUUCCAGUUAUAGCUGUAUCCUAUUCCCCCGCUUGUAGUUUUACUCAACUUCUUGAGCAAUACUUCUGCAAAUAGGACACUGGGAGGAGUUUUCUUUGGAAAAAAAGAUGGGUGGCUAAGGUUUGGCCGUGGAGCAAAGGGGGUGCGUAUGUGUGCACACACGCUUCCGUCCUUCCCCACCUCUUGUGACUGGGAGAAACCAUUUAGGAGAAAAGUUACUAUGUCUUGUUUUGGAAAAACAAGUAAUGUUUCAUUAGGACCAGUUCCAAAAAGUGACUUACCUUUUACCUAUGUACCAAGUUGCAUCAGAGGGAAAAGACUUCUUAACUUUUUUUUUUUUUUUUUUAAUGAUUGUUUUUAGCUUUCUUCACACAGUUCUCAGUAGCUCUGACCUCUCACUCCCCAGUGCUCAGAACUGCUGCCUGCCUUGUCCCCUAACAGAUCUGUGCCUCUUCCACACCUGGCCACUAAAAGAUGCUGCCAUAUCACAAGGGAAAUCUGUUCUCAGGAGGUUUUAUGUCCUGUGGCAGCAAAGUAGACCAGAAGGGGUUUGCUGCAAGGCUGCCUGGGAGCAAGCGUGCCAGUCCAGAGGGGCUGGGGGAGUUGCUUCUCCGCUGAUGAGUAGCUGGAGCCGGCAGCAGUCACUGCUGGCGUAGGUGCCUGGAGUUGGUCGCUGGCUGCGUCUGUUUUCCCUCAGGAACGUGUCCCCAGAGCAGCUUUCGAGGCCAGACUCCUCUUCCCAGACAGAGGCUGCCAGCUGUGCUUGCCGGCUGGCAGGAGCACACCUUGCAGGGAGCGCAGCCCCCUGCCCAGCACCGUGGCAGAAUUAACACCUUGCCAGCAUGCCCAGGGAGGCUCCUAAAGCAGCAUCAUUAACAGGAGGUGGGUGGGAUGAAAUGUGCCUGCAGCCGCUCUGGCAGCUGCUUCAGAGCCGGGUGAGCUUAGUUCUUGGGGGCUGGACAAACGGAGCAGGACAGAAACUCUUGAUGCUGUUUACACCUGUGAUUUGCUGAUCCAGAUUACAUAUUUACUAUGUUAGACUUGUUUGGGCUUUUUGAAAUUUGUUUGAUUUCUAGACAGGAAUCGAGAUACUGUUACUGAGGCACAACAUAAACACUGUUAGAGUAAGGCAAAGUGCCUCUUGCUCCCAUAGCACUGGGACCAAAUGCUUCUGGAUGGUUCCGUCUGUUGAGCUCCCAGGUGUGAGUCAUCUCCCACGAGCAGAUCGUGUCCCCUUCUGGCCAGUCCCAUUCCCCAUAGGACUGGACCAGCUGGAAUAAUUCUGCUGGUGGCAGAUUUCUGCCACUCGACUACUCAUACACUACUCAUAGUCUAGGGUCCUGGCCCGCAGUCACCACGUAGACUCCAAACUGCCUAUGGAGCGUGGAGGAAGGCAUGAAUUGGUCCUUUGGAGGCCAGGCUGUGAGUAUGCAGCUGUUCAACGGUCCUUAACUGUGGCUGCUCUAAACAAAGUGUUUGUGACUAAUUUUUCUGCGGAGGUGUGUGGGCAGUGAGAGGCGCUGGUGAGGUUCGGCUGAAGGGCAAAAUGUUGCUAUUUUUGCAAGAUCUUGUCAGACUAUUCCUUGGCGUGGAAGCAAGGUUACUCCCCUGCUGUCUGCAGACGAGUCCUGGGAGGGCUUCGAAGUUUUUUAAACAUUUCUUUCCCGUAAAGGGUCCCUGUUUUUGUGUUAUUUCUUCUCAAAUUAUAUGCCUACCAGCCUCCCUUUCCCACAACAAGGUUUGUGUGCUGAAAUGCAGCUGUUUUGGGGAUGAAUUUGGCAGCUGCUUAACCACCUACGGAAACAGUUUCUCAUCUGUACUUCCUACCCUGGUCUCUGUCCUCUUCAUGCUUCAGGAGGAUGCCUUUGAGGCAACAUGUUCUUGCCAAAGGUGGGGUGUUUCUUGGAUGAAUGCUCCCAGUGGUCAGUAACCUCUGCCUCAAAAUUUUUCAUGGGUCCCUACCUGAGUGCUGAAGAAUCCUUUAUUUUUAUUUUGUUCUGAUGUAAAAUGUGGGGAACCUUCACAGGUGGAGGCUGCUGUGCUGUUAAGUGCUUUUGAUAAUUGAGCCAUUUUGUUUAAGUGCCUAAAGAGUACUUCCACACCAAACUUCAGGUGUACGGGUUUGAGGAUAAAGGUCUUGGAAACUUCAUUACAGCCAUCCAAGAGAUAAAACGGUGGGCUGGACGGGGAGGCAGCCUUCUUUUAUAAUGUUCUUCAGUUUGGAACAUGAAAGAACGAGAUGUUGCAGUUCUUGAUCCAUAACUUUUGUCUGUCUCUCAAGAGGAGAAAACUUCAGCCUGCCAGAUACCUCGGCUGACCUGCCCUCCACGUGCUGAGGUGGCUUUGGUGCAGCUGUCGCUGGUGGAUACGCUGAGGUUUGGGCUCACGGCACGUGUAGCCUGUGCCUUGGCUGAGCUGGACAGGUUAGUAUUAGUGUGGGGAGGGUCUCAGACCUGUCCUUCACUGAGAGACCAAGCGUGCCUUUGGCCCCCCUGUUCUCCCAUCCCCUUCGUGGCGCCAGGUCACGGACUUGUCACCCGGAUCUCCUCCGCAAAUCUGGUGUCUGCUUCUGGAGUGUGGGCUCUGAUCUCACUGGUCCUAGGAGAAGGCAGGCUGGGGUUUUCCAGUUUUCUCAUAGAUCAGAUAUGCUUCCAGGGAGGUGCCUGCUUUUCCUUAAUUUAUGUUCAGAAAAGACAGCUGAGUGACCGAACUUGUGGCUCAGCAGCUGGCUGCUCUUGCUCUUUGCCGCCGUGUCCCUGAUGGGUGCCCAUCAUCUUGCUUUGACCUGACCUGUGCCCGGGCUGAUGACGGAGCUCGUUUCUCUGGAGCUGGCUGAUCCAGCUGGAGGGACACGAUCCAGCCUGAACCAGGGGCUCCUCACCCAGUUGUCCUCUGGCUGCACUGCUUUUGCUUUAGCCAGUUCAGCAAGUAUGAGAAGGGCUACUUGAUUAUCCAAGAGACUCAUUUCUCCCCUACCCCUGGCAACCUUCUUCCCAUUUCUCCAUCUGGAGUGAAACCCUGCAAAUUCAGUAAUUGCUCCUUCCCUUCUUACCCUCCUGUUCCAUCAGGAGAUUCGGGCUGUUUGCCCUGGAUGGGUGGUAGGCAGCUGGGAGGCAAGGGGAGCAGCUUUCUGCGUGAGAGUUCAGUGGGGAGGAAAGACAAGGCAGCAGCCUCAGAGGAGAACAGAAAGAGAUCAGGGUAAGGGACCAGGAGGAGAGGGGGUUCCAGGGAAACCUGAGUUUUGUAGCUGUGUGAAGGACCAGUAUGGGACACUGGCUGGAACUGGGCUGGCUGUGCCCCGGACACCGGCCUUUGGCACUAUGCUGGUGCCCUGGCAGUGGGUGAGAGCAUCCCCCUGGUUACAGCCUCGCCCUGUCCAUAAAGCACUUCAUAACCCUUCGUGCUUGUAACCUCACGCCAGCGCGAUGCCAGCCCGUCGCACGAGCUGGCUGCACAGACUGAGCUCAGGUCUGGAGCUGGGGGGUCAGCAGCUGCCUCCCCCACACCCACAAGGGCCCUCUCCGUGUGCUCUGUUAUUACCAAAAGCCUUUCUUCCUAGUCCAGGCUCUCGCUGGGGCUGACAGGAGAGGCAUUUUCCAGAGCAUCUGUUGAGAAACUCCUUUCUUGGUGAGAUUUGUCCUUUCCGCCUAACCCAGCGUGCUGCUGCUAAGAGCGGCUUCUCUGUGUCGGGGUCAUGUACAGACCAGCAAGGGACACAGGCACGUUCUAGUAAAGGUAAGCGCAUCCCUUACAUGUUGUCACUGACAGAACCUGUGUGAACAUCGAAAUCUCCCCAGGACUUGAUGAUGCUGUACAAAUCACAGGUUGCGGUACGAGCUCCUCGGAGGCGGUUACCGUGAGCUUUUCUGUUUCAGGUAGUAGGUGCACUUCUACGUUCUGCUCACUGGUGAAGCAUGCUGUGCCUCUCCUUUCCUUCUGGGAGGGGGGAGCAGAGGGGGGGAGGGAGAAUGUCUUUAAUGUGAGACUUGUGAAUCUCAAGGUUAGGGAAGGAUGGAUGGAUGCUGUUUUUCCUUUUGAGAUCAUAUACUGUCUGCCAGAUGUUCAUGUUUUAUUUAUUCAGUAGAGUAAAUAUUUUGUAUAAAAUGUAAGAGGAAGGCUAUUAUAAAUUUUUAUGAAAAGGAGGAAAUAAAAGGUGUUUAAAUGGGA